UGUGCCAGAUGCUUCUGAAUAUGCCCUUGUGGCAACAUUGGUAUUAUGUGCUGGUGGAGAGGACUGGUGUCACAGGUGCUGCCAUUUACUUCCAACUGACAGCACAGCUACAAGGUGGGUGCAGACUGUUCCCGGCCUGGACUGUUUCGCUCAUCUUCAGGCCCCAGCUCUUCUCUCAAUAUGCCUCAGUCUUUUGGAGUUGCAGGGGAAGGUCUUCCAGCCCCUGGGUUUUCUCUCUCAGCUCCUAACAUAUCCUGGGGUGACCCCACAAUUCUACAGCCAUCCUGUUGGCCUAUACGUCCUACCUUGAGGAAUGAGCUGGACACCUUCUCUGUUCACUUCUACAUAUUCUUUGGACCUAAUGUGGCUGUUCCACCUGAUCGACCAGCAGUGUUCAGCAUCAAUCUGCUGCCAGUGCUGGAUAGUGGUGGGGUGCUGAACCUCGAGCUUCGACUCAACAUAUCCUCUGCCCAGGGAGAGAAUCUGACAGUAUUUGGUUGUCUAACCCAUGGAGUUCCAAUGAUUUCUGGAGAUAACUUGUCGAUAAGCUGCCAGACAGAAUCGCUGUCUGGCUUUUCCUUGUCUGUGAAUACAAUGAAUGGCAUCAACCGCCUGCGAAUCCCGUACCCCCAGACUGGCACCUGGUACCUAAACCUGCGCUCCCUCUGUGGCUCUGAGCAUGGGUGGCGGCAGUGCGGUAACGUCAGCGCAGAGCUCAACCUGCGCACCUUCCUGUCUCCGUGCAUCAAUGACUGUGGGACGUACGGACAGUGCAAACUGCUGCGCACCAACAACUACCUGUAUGCCGCCUGCGAGUGCCGAGCCGGCUGGAGUGGCUGGGGCUGCACAGACAACACUCAGGCCUUCACUUACGGCUUCCAGCUUCUGUCCACUCUUCUGCUGUGUCUCAGUAACCUCAUGUUCCUGCCGCCCGUCCUCAUCGCCCUGCGCAGCCGCUACCUCCUGGAGGCCUCCAUCUACAUCUUCACCAUGUUCUUCUCCACGUUCUAUCACGCCUGUGACCAGCCUGGCAUCGUGGUCUUCUGCAUCAUGGACUACGACGUGUUGCAGUUCUGCGACUUCCUGGGCUCCCUCAUGUCGGUGUGGGUGACAGUCAUCAGCAUGGCGCGGCUGCAGCCCAUCAUCAAGCAGGUCUUGUACCUACUGGGGGCCAUGCUGCUGUCUAUGGCACUGCAGCUGGAUCGUCAUGGAUUGUGGAACCUCCUGGGGCCCAGUUUGUUUGCUGUGGGCAUCAUGGCCAUUGCUUGGACUUUCCGCACAAUCCGGCGACGUCAUUGUUACCCGCCAACCUGGAAGCGAUGGCUCUUCUACCUGUGCCCGGGGACACUGAUCGCCAGCUCAGCUAUAGCGCUCUAUGCGUUUGUGGAGACCGAGGAAAACUACUUCUACAUUCACAGUAUCUGGCACAUGCUGAUUGCGGGCAGUGUGGGCUUUCUGCUUCCCCCUCGGGCCAAGGCUGACGGGAGGGUGGCUGCACUGGCACGCCGGAAGGGCUGCGGGUACCAGCUGUGUGUGAACGAGCAGGAGGAGCUGGGACUGGUGGACCCCGGCUCAGUGUCCAUAAACAGCAUCUGCACCAGUUGACACAACGGCUAAACGUGAGGAAGGACAUCUGUGGGUCAGUGGUGGCCCGAUGAUUAAAGCCACAAACUGCACUCCGCUCCAGUGCCGGACAACAACUGGAACCAUCUGUAUUACCUCAUUCAGGAUGUGCCUGUUCUUUCAUAGUCCCACCUUGUGGGCAGCUGGAGGAUGGGUUGUAGGGGAACACCCUAUAGAGGGUUUGGGAGGGCUGAUCCGUGCUCCCAUGGCCACCCCCAGGCCAGAUUUACUUCAAUAGAAGCUCAUGGUUCCCCCAGACUCCUGGGUUGUUUCCUCUAUCUUCUGACUCCAGGUCUUCACUGUUACAAUGGACGCUGUCAGUGUAGGGGUCGCGGCGUUGCACACUGACACACUGUGGCACAGGCAGUGCAUCCAUUCGGUGCCAGACAUGGUCUUACAAUGGAACAUUCCUGCAAGGAGCAUGUGGGGCAAAUGUUUACAUUUUACAAUAAAAGUGUAAUGAAUG